CCCAGCCCAUAGUAAAGGCCCGGUUCACGCACGUUAUAGCAUACAGCGGUGGAAACCGCCGUUACGAUUAGGAAUGGCCGGUAAAAGUGGAAUGACUCCGGCGACAUACACGCCGUCUCCGACAACCGGUAAAAAGAAACCAGCAAUUAUCAAAGAAGAUUGGACCCGACCUGACGGUCGUGGCUUCCACCAGUGUAGACCCGCCUUUUUCAGGACUGGUGCUGUGAAUGCUGCAUCAGGAUCAGCUUAUGCUGAGUUUGGAAAUACCAAGGUCAUUGUAUCUGUAUUUGGGCCACGAGAGAGCAAGAAGGCAAUGCUUUACAGUGAUACGGGGCGACUAAAUUGCAAUGUCAGCUAUACAACGUUUUCAACUCCGGUUCGUGGACAGGGUUCAGACCACAAAGAGUACAGUUCGAUGCUUCAGAAAGCUUUGGAGGGUGCAAUAAUAUUGGAAAGUUUCCCCAAGACCACUGUGGAUGUGUUUGCAUUGGUGCUGGAAUCUAGUGGCAGUGAUCUCCCAGUUGUCAUAUCAGUUGCUAGUCUUGCCUUGGCAGAUGCUGGAAUACUGAUGUAUGACCUUGUUACCUCAGUUUCUGUGUCAUGUCUCGGUAAGAACCUCAUCAUUGAUCCUAUUUCGGAGGAGGAAAACUGCCAAGAUGGAAGCUUAAUGAUCACAUGCAUGCCUUCUCGCUAUGAAGUUACCCAAUUGACAGUUACUGGUGAAUGGUCCGCCCCAAAGAUUAGUGAGGGGAUGCAGCUGUGCUUGGAUGCUUGUAAAAAGCUUGCAAAGAUUAUGAGGUCGUGUUUGAAAGAAUCCGCUUCUGAUGCACAGGGAUUGGAGAAUGAGAGUUCUUAGCUAUACACACAAGAUGUGCUUUUCAAUUGCUUUGUUUUUUCUUUUUUCUCUUCUACCUCAACAUUGGGAGAGAAUAUUUUGUUCGGAGGGAUGUAGGGAAAGAUGCCUUUUAUGUCCUGCAAAUUUUGGCUUAUGAGCUUGUCAAAGAUAAUGUGAAAAAUUAAUUAUUCCUAUAGCAACAGAGUUUGCAAAUGCAUGCCACAUAUGGAAUUUGGUUAA